AUCCCUCAACUUGAGCCAAUUGCGAUAGUAUUUUGGCGUUAGAUCCCUUACUGACAUUGUAUUUGUGUUCUUUUAAUCUGACUCCUAAACUUCUACUAGUGACACCAAUAUAAUUUUUAUUAAUGUCUAGUUCACAAUUUUCAUAUGGAAUCCUGUAUACUCCUGCUCUUUUUUUUUUAUCUAUGCUAUCUUUGUGAUUCCUUAUUAAUUUGUACAGAUUAGGAGCUUUCUUGAAAAUUAACCUGGACUUUUUGCGGGCUGAGAUUUCCUUCAUAAUGGCUUUUCCCUUUCUAUCAUACGUGAACUUUGUGAUUUUGCCGAAAUCACCGUUUUGCAUUUUAGUUUUUUUGGUUUGUAUUUUCUGAUCAAUGUUGUUAGCAUAUCUUCUCUGUACCCUAGAGAUCUGGCAAUACAUAAUAUUCUAUAAAUUUCUUUUUGCCUAUCCAACACACUACUGCAAUAGAGAAAGGCCUUUUAGAUAAGGGCACGGAAGGCAGUCAUUUCGUAUUGGUAAGGAUCAUUACAGUGGGACGGAAUGUACAGAGGGCUAUGCGUCGGUUAUACGUACACGUUAGUGGCCAAAUGUCCUUCUUUAAAUUCAAUGUCAACAUCUAAAAAAUGUAUCCGUGAGGCACAUUUUUGUUCAAUCUUCAACAUGAGACCAUCAUCGUUGCUGUUUAUCAUGUUGAUAAACUCAUCAAUUUUUUGGUUAUUCUUCCAAAUUGCCAAGACAUCGUCAACGUAUCUUUUAAAAUACACAAUGUCAUUUAAGAAAACAGGAAGAGCACUUUUUUCGAAUUUUCUCAAUACAAGCUCACACAAAAGUUUUGAGAUGAGACUUUCCAUAGGGACUCCUCUUCUUUGUCUGUACUGAUGACCAUUAAACGCGAAAAAAGAUUCAUAACAAAUAAGAUUAGCUAGUUCUAUGAAAUCAUUAUUCUAACAUGCCAAAUUUGGGCUCUUGCUGUGCAUGAAACCUAAAAGUGCUACACUGCAUGAUUCAAUUUUUAUAGACAGGUAUAAACUUUCAUAGUCCAUCACAGUUCCAAUUUCAUCGUCCAUUAAAAUUAGAUAUUGUAUCUCAUUAACCACCUCUAUUGUGCCACAUGUAUAUUAUUCUCGAGGUGCGAGGGAGAAACUUAUGUAAUCUCUUUUCAAAAAUAAACGUUGGUCCUCUGCACCUUUCCACUAUAGGUCUCAUUUCUUUAUUCUCUUUAUGGGUCUUGGCAAAAGCAAACAAUCUAGGCAUACCUGGCCUGGGAUUUCGACAAUUUUUGAGGAAAGGUGAUGCAUUAGUCAGCUUAGCUUUUUCAAGCUUUUUAUCCCUUCUGUCGAUGCUGUCGAUAAUCUUUGCUUCAACACUCUCGCAUUUCGUUUCUUUAAUAUACUCCUCCAACGCGUUAUUAUAUGUCUUCUUUUCAUGAUUACCAAAGUUUUGCUUUUGUCUGCUCUUGUUGUAUCCAAAUGAUUUUUUCUAAGCCAACUUUUAGUAAGUUUGAUGUUUUUACCGGCAUCACAUCCUUUUUUCCAGGUUGUCUGAUCUUUUAUGACCGUUUUCCAUCGGAUGUAUUGUUUUUCUAAAGAAUCUAGCCCAGAUAUCCCUCUCUCUAUUUCCUUCUCUAUUUUCUCUAUUAAGUUCGAUCUAGGUAAUAAGAAAUCUAAAAAUUUUCACCACCCCACUUCGAAUAAAAAUAUUCCAAUCAUUAGUGUCAUUGAGGUUCUGCAUGUAAUAUAAUCUCUUCAUAAUAUAUAUUCUCGGAUAAUAUAUCUUGUUACUUCAACAAGUUUUAUAGUCUGUUUUACUUUAUAAAACGAAAAUUUUCCAGAUGAACUCGGUAAAGCGCAUUCUGAAAUACAGCAAAUUGAAAUCGGAAGCCUCGUACGAAAGUUUGCCCAAAAAACGACCACCCUCGGACUGGCCACAAACAGGAGUAAUUCAUUUCGAUAAUGUUUCUUUACAAUACUCCGAGGAUAAAAACAUUGUAUUAAAGAAUUUGACAUUUCGUAUUGGCUCGGGAGAAAAGAUAGGAAUUGUCGGGAGAACAGGAGCAGGAAAGAGUUCUAUAAUUGCUUCGUUAUUUCGCAUGACGGAGCCAACCGGAACAAUCACCAUCGAUGGAAUCGACACUAAGGAAAUCGGUCUUCGAGAUCUACGUAGUAAAAUAUCCAUCAUUCCUCAAGAUCCCAUGUUGUUUACCGGUCCUCUUCGAAGGAACAUCGACCCUUUCAAUAAAUAUUCGGACGAAACGCUGUGGAAAGUCUUAGAAGAGGUACAGUUAAAAGAAGUUAUUAUUAAAUUAUUUGGAGGAUUGGAUACGCAUUUAAUGGAAGGAGGGAGAAAUUUCAGCGUGGGAGAAAGACAAUUAAUUUGUUUGGCCAGAACCAUUCUUCGCCAGAAUAAAAUUCUUGUCAUGGACGAAGCAACGUCAAAUAUCGAUAAAAGAACCGAUUCCUGUCUACAGAAAAUAAUUCGAGAAAAGUUCAAAUCUUGUACUGUGUUGACAAUAGCUCACAGAUUAAAUACAAUCAUCGAUUCGGAUAGAGUGCUGGUACUAGAUACAGGAAAAUUAGAAGAAUUUGACUCGCCGUAUUCUUUACUGAAGAACGUAAAUGGUAUAUUUUAUAACUUGGUAAAGAAGACGGGAGUAAUUUCAAUGAAUGAGUUAAUGAAAAUUGCCAAAGAGAAAUAUUACGCUAAAGAAGGGGUCGAACAAACAAAACUAUAAAACAGUGGAUUGUCUUCAAUGUGUAUCCAUUUUUUACAGAUCGGGUGUUAUGUUUUUUAUUUAAUUUUGUUCUUAGAGACAUUUUGUCAAGUAGUAUUUCCGCACAUCAAAUAAUAUAUAAAAUUGGUAAUAUCUAAACAUUUGUGAGUUCAACUGUUAAAUUUAUCUAUAAUAAAUUCUACUGAAAUAUAAUUAUAAUUUUUUGGAGAUAA